AUCAGUCUGCUUAGGUGAACCAAUGGCAACUAUAAUGACAUUUCCUAACCAUCCAAGAAAUGCGAAGCUUCUAUAUAAAGAGUGUCACGGAUCUAGAGUUUUAGCUGUAAGAUGCACAGCAUGCUUUAACAAGGCUGCUCAUCCCUUUGGCCAGAAACUCUAUUCUCAAUGUUCUUAUCUCUAUUUUGCUGAACCAUAUUGGGACAAAAAUUUCAGGAAGAUAGCCUGGCAGGUUAGGAGUAGUGUAGAUAGUGGAUUGGAUCCUUCUCCUUCAAGUAGCACUAGUGGUGGAACACGAUUGGUUAGGGCCAUCCAAACUUUGCAGGCCAGGAUAGUUGCGAGAAUCAAGGAGAUAAGGAAAAAUCUCCCAAUAAAAUUACUCUUUUUCUUGGUGGGAUUUUAUUGUGCAACUGCCUUUGCCACUGUUAUUGGUCAGACGGGUGAUUGGGAUAUUCUAUCUGCCGCUUUUGCUGUGGCAGUAGUGGAAGGGAUUGGAGCCCUUAUGUAUAGGGCUUCUUUUCCUUUGUUCAACAAUAUUAGGAGCCUUAUAACCAUGUUUAACUACUGGAAGGCUGGGCUUUCUCUUGGUCUAUUCUUGGAUUCAUUUAAGUACGAAAUCGAUGACAUUACGAACUUCAGUAAUCCUUUUUAUUUUGAAAUGGAUAUAUUCCCUAUCUUCUUGUGAAACUCAGCAUUUUUCAAAUGCUCUUUUGUUUAUAAUAAUUUGCAUAUAAGAAUUUUCAA